AUGUCUCUUCUCAAGUCUGUGAUGCUGGGUGCCCUCGCCCUCUCCCAGUUCACCCAGGCCUACCCUGCUCCGGACCAGGGUCUCGAAGCCCGCAAGCUGUACCAGGUGGAAGACGCCAUUUCCGGCCUCGAGAGGCGCAAGCUCUUCAAUGUCGACGACAUCUCCAACGACGACCAUAAGAAGGCCCUCAAGACCGGCCUGAAGGACGCGGUCGAGGUCGCUUCCACGGCGCUCGACAAGAUGGACGACGAGAAGUACAAGUCCUACCUCUCGGCCUGGUUCGGCGACGACGACAACCACCGCGACACGGUGCGCCAGGUCUACAAGAACUUUGUCGGCUCCAACCACAACAAGGAGGGCGCCGACGUCCUCGGCAACGUCAUCGUCCACAACGACGACUACCACGAGAUCAACGGCCAGAAGUUCUGCUCCAUCAACAACAACGGCAAGACCGGCACCGCCUACUACAAGGUCAAGGACAAGAAGCCCGGCAUGCACUUCUGCCCCAAGUUCUUCGAGCGCAAGAGCAAGGACGAGUACAUCAAGGACAAGUGCGCCGGCAUCGCCCAGCACAUCAACACCGGCAGCAUCGGCCGCGUCUUCCAGGGCGCCAACGUCCUGCACGAGUUCAUGCACUACUCCAAGGUCGGCAAGGAGGCCACCGGCACCCAGGUUGCCGACCCGGCUUACGGCGCCUACAACUGCUACAAGCUGAAGGAUACCGACAAGACCCAGACCAUCCUCAACGCUGACAGCUACGUCUACUACGCCAUGCACAUCUGGCUGACCGAGACCUGCGGCCGCGACUUCUCUUACCCCCGCGACGAGCAGGACAACUAG